AUUUCCAGAGCCGCAGAGAGAUCACCCUCAAGUGGAUGAAUUUUGAAUAUAAUUCAAGGCCUCACCGAACAAUGCAAUAAUCAUAAAAUUAAAUAAAGUCCAGAAAACGGAACUUUCUAAGAAAAACUAAGUUCAAAGCAGGAGACUCAUGGGUUCAAAUUCUCUCUGCCACUUACUGUGCUCUUUGCCACUUGAAAGUUGCUUGAUUUCCGUAAGACUCAAGGGCUACGACCUGCAAACCAAGCUCCCAGCACGAUUUACCAAGAGGGCGCUAGCGGGGCCAGACGGGAGGCCGGUUUGCACACAGGCUGCUGCUUGAGCAGUGGUGUUGACAGAGCCUUCUGGAUCAGCCCAGUGUGAGUGUAGCUUGGCAGACAGACGUCGCUGGAAUUAGGCUGGACUUGAACUAGUCUACGGAAAGCCGGUCCAAAACACUCGGCAGGUGGGGGUUGGGGCAGCAACAAAACCCACCUGGCUUCUGCAUCUUUUCAAAAAUUUAGAGGUAUCUUCAGACCACCUUGAAAAGGAGAGAAAGGUGAUAAUGACGAUGGCUCAGCAGUAUCCUUCCUGGAUCUUCAUCAAUGACAGGACAUAUAUAACCAGGGAACAACUUAAUUCCUUAUUGAAUACCUAUAACAUUUUUUAUGAGAACCAGAAAAAUCUGCAUAUUUUAUGUGGACAGACUGAAGAUGGGAAACUAAUCAUUGAAGGAAUGCUGGACAUUUUUUGGGGAGUAAAACGGCCUAUACAGCUGAAGAUACAAGACGACAAGCAGAUCUCUUCUUAUACUGUACAGAAGUUCCCAGAUGCUUUUUCCACCAAAGGGAGAAUGGCUCGCUGGGGGCAAUUUGAUGACCUUUAUCAUAUUUCUGAGCUGGAUAGAACCCAGAUUCCAGUGUCUGAUACAAGGAAUUCUCAGGAUGACUAUUUAUCUUAUCACAGCAGUACUCUGAAGCCAUAUGCAGAUGAAGAGCCAGAAUCCCCACUGCUCUAUAGAUGUAUGAGUGAAGCAGCACUGGUGAGAAAGCCCCCAGUGACAGACAGAAAGGACAAACAGGCCCACAGGGCCUCUAUUAAUGGACACUUCUAUAACCAUAAAACAUCAAUUUUCACCCCAGCCUUUGGAUCAGAAACUAAAGUCAGAAUAAACAGUAACAUGAGAACUGAAGAAGUAAUCAAGCAACUUCUCAAAAAAUUUAAGAUUGAAAAUAGUCCUCGGGAUUUUGCUCUCUACAUUAUUUUUGCAACGGGAGAACAGAGACAGCUAAAGAAAACAGAUAUUCCACUGAUGCAGAGGCUCCUGCAAGGCCCUUCCAGAAACAAUGCUCGCAUUUUUCUCAUGGAUAAAGAUGCAGAAGAAAUCAGUAGUGAUGUGGCUCAGUACAUUAACUUUCAUUUUUCUCUCUUGGAAUCCAUUCUUGAAAAACUAAAUGAAGAAGAGAAAAGAGAGAUUCAAAGAACAAUAACAAAAUUCAAUACAGAAAAAGCCAUUUUAUUGAAGUUUCUUCAGAGUAAAUGUGCAGUAAAAACAGAGACAACAGUGUAGCAGUGCCGGCCAGUAUUGCUAUAUCACUUUAAAAAUGUCAGAUAUGUUACUGUUUGGUAAACGUACAAAGUCCACAGUUGCAUUCUCAUACUUAUGAUCUCAAAUCUGUAGAAAACAGAAUGCCAAAAAAACCUGUUUCUCUUUUAAGAGAUAGGUUAACUAGAGUUCACAGUUGGACUAAAAUAAGAUUGAUUGUAGUUUCAGUAAUUGAAAAAAUCUUGGAUACUGUGUAUACCAAAUAUCUAAUGAUAUUUUACCAAAUAUCUAAUGAUAAAACUUGUAAGUAACUUGCAUUUAAGUGGCAUAUUCAGAUAGCAUACUGUUUCAACUUCUUUUUUUCCUGUAUUUUAGGGAAGGGUCUACAGGGUGUUCAGAGUCUCACUACUAG